AUGCUUUCCCCUGCUAUUGCAAUAAUUGAGUCUUUGGAUUCAGGAGCUCUGAAAUCAAUUCACUUGAGCACCAAUAAAGAGGAAGAAAUGGAUUUCGAUAUUCUCAUGAAGUUGCCUCAUUGGAAGAACAUCGAGAUUCUGCUGAUAAAGGGAUUUAUAGUUUCUGCACCAAUUGAGCACUUUAUCCAUUUACCAGAAGUUACAAUCACAAUGCAAUCUAUCACUAUUCCAAAUCUCAAGCUUUUGAAGAAGCACUUCUUGGGAUUGAAGUCUGAGAAGAAGUUUGUUCUCAAGUACAAGUUGGACGGCGGUGAGAUCGCUAAUAAUGUCCAUGCCGUGUUUGAUCAGGCAUCAAGCAGCUGCAAAGGAAGGGUCAAGCAAUGGGUGUAUCCAAAAAGUGGCAACAUGCAAUUUCGUGUUGAGUAUCGUCAGCAUCAUGGCUUCAAGGAUCAUAAAUUUACUUUCCUGGCUACCCGAGAUUUGCAAGAGCAACAACUGACCUUAUUGCCAAUCGACUGAUAGGACACAAAUCAUGUCUCAAGCAUUUUGUUAACUUAUGUAUAUUAUCAUAACCUCGUGUUCUACUUUAUACAUCCCGCUCUCCGUUUUCCCAGUGUGUGCCUUUGCAAAAUAUGUUAACAUGUUUCUUUAAUGACUCAGCCCUGAUUUCACAUGCAAACUAUACCUCACAUAAAACUACUUCAAUACUUAUAAACAAUUCAAGACAUUGUUCUUUAUAUGCUAAUUAUUUAAUCUCGAAUAUAAAUACUUGUUCCCAUUA